CGGGAGAGGCAAACGACAUGUGGUGAAAGAUAGAUAAAUGCAUCCGAGAAGCUGCCAGAAAAGUGCUAGGCAUGAACUACGGUGCUGGAGGUCGGCAUAAAGGUUAUUGGUGGUGGAGUGAUGUGGUCAGAAGUAAAGUAGAAGCUUAGAAGAUUUUGUAUAGGAGGUUUAUGGACUGUAGUGAUGAACAAGAAUAGGCGUCUCUUAAAUUGGAGUACAAGGUUGCCCGCAUGGAAGCAAAGUUAGAGGUUACAAGGGAAAAGAAUGCUGCUUUUGAACACCUGUAUAAGGACAUUGAGGAGCGAGGUGGUGAUAAAAGGCUUUUCCGGCUAGCUAAAAUGCGUGAGAGGAAGGUUAGGGAUCUGGAACACGUGAGAUGCAUGAAGGAUAUCAAUGGUAGAGUUGUAUUUGAUGCGAGAGAGGUUUCCAACUGGUGGGGAGAGUACUUCUAUGGCAUUUUGAAUUCAAGCGGGGAACUGAGACUUGGGCUCUUCAAUGUUAUUUUCAAGACGACUAAGAUGCCAGAUGAGUGGAGGGAGAGUGUGAUGGUCUCACUGUACAAGGGUAAAUGCGAUAUCCAGUGUUGUGACAAUUAUAGAGGCAAUGUUGUAUACGAAGUACAAACAUUAGAUAACAUUCUAUUUGUUUGGAAGGGCACUGUAGUGGUUGCAGGCAGAGCAAGGGCUGUUGUUAUUGGAGUUGGUUCAAAUACUGCUAUGGGAAGUAUACGUGAUUCAAUGCUAAACACUGAAGAAGAAGUGACACCAUUGAAGAAGAAGUUGGAUGAAUUUGGAACUUUCCUUGCUAAGGUCAUUGCAGGUAUUUGUGUAUUGGUUUGGGCUGUAAACAUCGGUCAUUUUAGUGAUCCUGCUCAUGGCGGCUUCCUCCGAGGGGCAAUACACUAUUUCAAAAUUGCUGUUGCACUUGCUGUUGCUGCAAUUCCUGAAGGGCUUCCUGCAGUUGUUACCACCUGUCUUGCUCUCGGAACAAAAAGAAUGGCUCGGUUAAAUGCGAUUGUCAGAUCCCUACCAUCAGUAGAGACCUUAGGCUGCACAACUGUGAUUUGCAGUGAUAAGACUGGCACUCUGACAACUAACAUGAUGUCUGUGUCUAAGAUUUGUGUGCUUCACUCUGUGAAUCGUGGCCCAGAUACUGUUGAGUACAGUGUUAGUGGCACAACAUAUGCCCCAGAGGGUUUUGUGUUUGACAGCACGGGUGUCCAGCUUGACAUUCCUGCACAGUCUCCUUGUCUUCUUCAUAUAGCAAUGUGUUCAGCUCUUUGCAAUGAGUCUGUGUUAAGAUACAAUCCUGACAAGAAGGAUUACGAAAAGAUUGGUGAGUCAACUGAAGUAGCCCUGCGUGUAUUAGCUGAAAAGAUUGGUCUUCCGGGUUUUGAUUCCAUGCCAUCUGCAUUAAAUAUGCUAAGCAAGCAUGAGCGUGCAUCCUACUGCAAUCGUUAUUGGGAGAGCCAAUUUAAAAAGGUAUCAUCCUUGGAUUUUUCUCGGGACCGCAAAAUGAUGAGUGUACUUUGCAGCAGGAAGCAGAUGGACAUUAUCUUCUCCAAAGGUGCUCCAGAAAGCAUACUUUCUAGAUGCACCACAAUUCUGUGCAAUGAUGAUGGUUCUACUAUUCUUCUUUCUGCCAAUAUCAAAGCACAACUAGAGACGAUGUUUAAUAGUUUUGCAGGAAAAGAAACUCUAAGAUGCCUAGCUCUAGCCUUGAAACGGAUUCCUAUGGGCCAACAGUCUCUCUCUGUUGAUGAUGAAAAAGACCUUACAUUUGUUGGAUUGGUUGGAAUGCUUGACCCACCAAGGGAGGAAGUAAGAAAUGCCAUCCUUUCAUGUAUAACUGCUGGGAUACGUGUUAUAGUUGUCACCGGAGAUAACAAGAUGACAGCUGAAUCAUUGUGCCGAAAGAUUGGUGCUCUUGAUCACUUUGGCAUUUUUGAUGGACUUUCUUAUACUGCUAGCCAAUUUGAAGAACUUCCAGCAUCACAGAAGAUAGUGGCGUUGCAAAGAAUGACCCUUCUAUCCAGGGUUGAACCAUCUCAUAAAAGGAUGCUAGUUGAAGCCUUACAGAAUCAAAGUGAAGUGGUUGCAAUGACUGGAGAUGGAGUCAAUGAUGCACCUGCUCUCAAGAAAGCUAACAUUGGGAUUGCCAUGGGAUCAGGAACAGCUGUUGCAAAGUAUGGUAUCUCUUGCAUUAUCUAUGCUUUGCUCAUGUUGUGGUCAACUGGUCACGUCCAAUCAUCUUACACUCUGUGCUAUCUUUUGAACAUUCAGAGUGCUUCAGAUAUGAUUUUGGGAGAUGACAAUUUUGCAUCAAUUGUUGCGGCUGUUGCUGAGGGAAGGGCUAUAUAUAACAACACAAAGCAGUUCAUUCGAUAUAUGAUAUCUUCUAAUAUUGGGGAAGUGGUCUGUAUUUUUGUGGCCGCAAUGCUUGGAAUACCUGACACACUUGCACCCGUCCAGUUGCUGUGGGUAAAUUUGGUUACUGAUGGCUUGCCUGCCACUGCUAUUGGGUUUAAUAAACAAGACUCGGAUGUUAUGAAGAUAAAACCUCGCAAGGUUAAUGAAGCAGUUGUUAGUGGGUGGUUAUUCUUCCGGUAUCUAGUUAUUGGAGCAUAUGUUGGGCUAGCCACUAUUGCAGGAUUUAUUUGGUGGUUUAUUUAUUAUGAUAACGGGCCUAAACUUCCGUACGGUGAAUUGAUGAAUUUUGACAGCUGUUCAAGAAGGGAAACUAGCUAUUCUUGUAGCAUAUUUAGUGACCGGCACCCAUCUACCAUUUCAAUGACAGUGCUUGUUGUUGUUGAGAUGUUCAAUGCACUGAAUAAUCUCAGUGAAAAUCAAUCCUUGCUUGUCAUUCCACCAUGGAGUAAUAUGUGGCUUGUUGCUUCAAUUGUUCUGACAAUGCUGCUACAUGUACUCAUUCUGUAUGUGCAACCAUUAUCUGUUCUCUUCUCUGUGACACCACUUGGUUGGGCAGAGUGGACCACUGUUUUUUAUCUUUCAUUUCCUGUAAUUAUAAUUGAUGAGAUGCUGAAAUUCUUAUCUAGGAAUUCAGGCAUGAGAUUCAUGCUCAGGUUCAGGCGACGGCCAGAUUUACUCCCUAAAAGACGAGAAAUUCGUGACAAGUGACAAGUGACAAGGGACAGCUUACUUGAUUUUGUGAGGCCAUACAUACUUUUGUAAAGUUAUUUGAAUUAAGUUUGGAGUCAGUCUCCCAAGAGUGAGACCAACUUUCACCUCUUUUCUCACAAGAAAAGAAAACAUUGAUGUGCAACCACUGUCUUUCUCUAUCAUCGUAGGUGGUGGGUGGCUCUUGGGUGCCGCUCCUACUCCUAGCAUUUUUUCGAGUUAUAUCUAAUGAGUGUUUGGCAAUUACUUCGUCUAUCUCAACUUAUCAAUUUAUGUUUGUUUAUUACUCCGUAUUAUUCAUGUGGCCGUCAAACUUUAAACUUUUUUUUUUCUUCAUUUUUGUUACUUAUUUGAUAAAAUGAUAUGUUCAUG